AUGUUCUCGCUUCCAAUCUCCCUGCCCAGUCAGUGGGAGAAACGGAUAGUUCGCUACAUUCUCGGUCGAUUCGAUUUUCUGGAGGAGCGGACUCUCGGAGAUUUGUCAAACUUCGAGGGUUCUCUCGGUAGAAACUCGGUUCUCACCCUUAAGGAUGUCGGCAUCAAGGUAGAUGUAUGCCGACAACGACCCAUGUCCAUUUACUUGCCCCCCACCCAGCGUGGAGUGACCGCUAACCGUUAUAUUUUUAGAGAUUAAAACAACUUGCCAGAUUGUCGAUACCUCCCCGGCUCCGCAUCGAUGAGGCCGUGAUCGGCACCUUGACCAUCACACUCCCAACAAACUUCCUCGUCUCUGGCUCGAUAGAAAUCGCCGUGUCGGACGUCAGGGCUAUCGUUUCCCUGGUACCGGUGGCACCUCCGACGCCCCCACCUUCCCCCGGGAAGUGGGAUUCCACCGACCCCGAGGAUGGAGGGGAGGGUUCUGAAUACGAGGAUGAGGACCACGAUUUACCCGCCACUGCGGAGGACCUGGCCCAGUCUUUCCUCCAUUCUCAGCCCUUAAGUGAACAGGAUCAGCUGCUGCACUCACUCUAUCAGGACUCGCUUGCCGCUUCCAGCGUUACCACCAGCAGUUCGGCUUCUGAGGAUGACGAGGAGCCCGAGCUGGGGAUUGGGACGAGCAUUGGCUUGCCGACCAUGCUCGCAAACAUUUUCAAGGGCAUCGGUGAUAGGUUACGGGUCCGGAUCAGAGGGGUGACGGUAGCAUUGGAAACUACGGCACCCGAACAUCGGGGAGGGGAUAAAAUAAGUGUUGAGUUUGAAAUGGAGGAUAUGGAUGUUGAGGGGAUCACCAACAUUGCCCCGGCGGAUGGCGCGGGUAUCUCCGAGAUGAAGGCCAAGAGAAGAAAAGAGGGCAAACGAUGCAUUACCCUAGAGAACAUCAGGGGAUAUAUCGUUUCCGACCCCUCUCUAUUCGAAUCGCCAUCCCCCGCAGAAGCGAGUGCUGUGCUCGGGACUGCGUCAGAGCUGACAGAGAGGGGUAUAGAACAGAGUAUAGAUACUAUCAUUCAGAGUAAUUCCAUCCACAAUAUGACGGCGUCUACCAGUACCAUUCGGACCCCGACCCCGCAACCCUAUUCCAAGAUGGCCUCGCCUAGUGCUACACAGGACUCGUCGAAUCCGUCAACCCAUGAGAGUCGGGGGAAAUUUGUUGUUGGUUCGGGUCAAGAUGUGCAAGCGGGGAAGGGAGGUGGUGCUGAUGGAAGCCUUUUUCCCGGCAGUGAUAUGUUGGCUGAAGACUCCUCAUCGGAUGAAGAGCUCGCCUUUGCACCAAUCCACUCCACAAACAAGGUCCGCCUGCCCUCGAGAUCUUCAUCCCAGGCCCCGCGCACAAUGCCCGACGAGUACGAUGAUGAAGACAGUGAAGAUGAGGGCGGUGCUGCGUUUGCAUCCGGUACUCUUUUCGUUGAGCAGCCUCGGUCCCCUGUCCACCUCCCCACCGCUUCGGUCCAAUCCUUCGUUUCGGACCUUGGCCCAACAGCAUUCCAACCAGACCUGUACUCAAGUGACCGUGAUGGUGAUAGCUCCGGCGAUGAUGAGAUGGAUGCUGAGACUAGUAGACUUUUGAGCGAAUCGACCCUCUUCACACAUAGCGAAGCCGGAAGUCUCUAUCUUUCUGCCACGAGCGGAGUUCUCCAUGAUUCACCACCUUCAGAACGUAAUGGGGAAAUAGAUCGCCGGAAGGAUGAGGAGGGCGAAGAAGAAGUUGGUGACGAAGAGAUUGAUGCUAGGUUGGACAAGUUGUUAAGUGGUGGUGCUGGAGCGUCCAUCUCCGGGGUUGCAGCGUCGUCGCCAGAUGCCCCGACUGUUGGAUUGGCUCCCGAGGCAGAGCAUCAAAGAGUUGAGAAGCGUCUGCUGAGAAAGCAGAUAUUCGACCUCAACACCAUAGAGAUAUUCCUCCCUUCACUCUCCGAGGAAUCUGGCACGCCAGCAGAGGUGCCGGGCUCUAUGGCCGAGUCCACCUCUUCUCUGAGGGAGACAUCGCGUUUGGGUGAUAGUAGCCAUCCUCCAAUUCCAGGCGCUUUCUCGAUGUAUGCUUCCUCUCGCUCAUCAAGGUUCCCAGACCCGAAGCCCGCUACCCCGCCCUCGUCCCCUCCAAGCCCCACACCACGAAAACCAGCAGUUCGUAUAUUGGGCGCUCAUCGCUCGACUCACCCAAGGAAUCACCUGUCCAGGGAAACACGUCCGGAUAUCGAGGUUAUCGUUGGUAACGUUGACAUAGCUACCGAUGUAGCGACCGCUGAAAUUCUCGGAAUGAUCUCUGAGACACUCUGUGCCGCAUUUACGGAGGAGCCUGUUGAAGAGCCCAAGGGAAAGAAGCAGCCGGCAACAAACAAGCCCGAUACGUCUACGGAUAGUGGUCUCUGUCUUGAGGUUAUGAUUGGUGCUAUUAGAUUACGCGUGGCCCAAAAUCUUGUUGGUGUCUGCAUUACGGAAAAUGGUGAGGGGGAUGGAGUGGGAUCCGAAGGAGACACCAGCGAACACCUGAUCCUGGGCUGCGUCCUACGGCAGAUCAAGGCUUCGCACAAGGUUCUGCAAAAGAACGUUACAACAACCAAGAUCGAUAUCAAAACGUUUACUUUGGGCAACGAGAAAAUCGACUAUCUAUCCUUUGUCCAGCCACCCGCUAUUGCAACUACGCCCAGGAGGCGGGGUUCCCACCCUCCCCCGACAACAAGCUCUGUUCCUGAGAAUGACGUUACCCUCAUAAUAUCCCAGAGCCCGGUUAAAAAGAGAAUCAACGUCAUAACACUCCCUCUCAAGGUCCGGUUAGAUCUCUUGAGCUUGGAAGAGACUCUGCGCGCUUUCGGAGGAUUUGGUGGUGUUAUAGCCUCCACCUCCGCGUCUACUGCGACUAUAACAAAGGGCCGACCUCCCGAAUCCCCUGAUGGAGGCAGCUCCGUUUCGGAGGCUCCACCCAUUGUCCACACGAAGGUUGACUGUAAAAUUGGAGGUUUGAGGGUGGAGGUUAUCGGGACAACAGGAACGAUAGGCCUGGAGGCCUCCCCAUUAAAGAUACGGAGUGAAACCAGCGACCAGAGCACCGUAUCCCUUAGUAUGGACAAAAUUGCUAUCUAUGGCCCUGCCACCCCCUGGGAUUCUCCUUCGGUGCCGAUUGAUGCGAAUAUACUGGUUGAAAAUACAAGGGUUGAAUUCCUGGGCACGCCGGAGCAGGAGGACCUGGGCAGAUUGUUGGAGCUUUUGACGCCGAGCAAGGAUAGAUACGAGACGGAUGAUGAUAUUCUAAUCGACACGUUGCUUCGCCAGAGAGAACAAGGUAGCUUACUUCGGAUUGGUGUCGGGGCGGUAAAAGUCGAGAUUGGGGACGUCGGGGUGGGCGAAAGGCUGAAAGAGCUGGGGGGCGAGGUUAUGAAAGUUCUUACUGUGACUGAACUUGUUGCGCAGGAUGAACGGCCUGGACUCCUCACAUUAUUGAACAUCGAUUCCCUGUACGGAAAAGUCAAUCUCGGGCUCGGGAUCGGGCUGCUCGAAGCGCAUAUGCGCAGUAUAGGAGUUGCCCAUGUUUCCCUACCUAGCUUAGUUGCCCUCGCUGUGAUGCAGAUGAAUGUGAGACGGAACGGGGAGGAGGAAUUGAUCGGUGAAGGGCUUGAGAGGAGGAUUUACGACAAGGGUGAUGAAGGGAAACCAAUGCUGAUGGUGAGGAUGGUCGGCGACGACCCGGAACCCGUCAUCAAACUCAAGUUUUGGAACCUCCGACUGGAGUACAGGGUUGGGACCCUAAUGUCGAUGAUGCGGGCGCCGGAAAACGCAUCUGCUGAGGCUUUGGCACAGGAGAUGGUUCAGAGCAUUGUACACAUUGCCGAAGAGAAGGCCCUUACCGUUCAGGGCCCUCCGUUAGGGUUUGACAUCGUACUCAAAGACUGUGUGCUCGGACUUAAUCCGUUGGGUCUCAAAAGUCGGGCUUUAGUGGUUCUCACAGACUCCAGGCUACAAGCUGCGCUGCCCAAUGGCGGAAUGCUCAGUGCCGGCUUUGAAGUCAAGAAGGCUAACCUCAUGGUGGUGGACGACGUUUCAAAUCUUGCUCCCCCAUCCGAGAGACAUGGGUCCAGAAGACGCAGGGAAUCGAUCGAUCGCCACCUGGUAGGAUACACCGCAAUGGGUUACGUUUCGGUCAUCAGCGUAUCUUCCGCCAUGGCUACACUCUGUGUAGUAGAGAUGGGCGGUGCGGGCGGCGAAAAAGCCGUGGAUCUUGAGAUUCAUGAUAAACUGCUGCUGAUGGAAAGCUGUGCCGAUUCCACGCAAACCCUCAUCGCGAUCGUCAAUGGACUUAAACCCCCACUCCCAGAAGGAGAAGAGGUCAAGUAUUGCACCGAGGCUAUUUCUGUCGAAAUGUUACAAUCCCUGACAGAAGAUGCCUUUGUUCACCCGUCGCGCAAAAGGGCUGGGGAAACACCGUUCCACAUGGAUGAUGAAGACGGUGACAUGGUUGGUGACGAUGUACCGAUCAAUCUCGCAUUUGUUGAGAGUUAUUAUGGCCAUAAUGCCCCAUCCAGCACAUCGGGGGCACCGGCCCAUAGCAAGGAUGAACUUGCCGAUAGUAUGCUAGACGAAGAUCUCGGGAUGCUUGCACCCGGACGCAGCAAGCCAUUGGGGGUCGGCGAGAAAGGUAUGCUAGCUAGCUUUGCCGAGCAAGUUCACGUUCUCGACAAUUCUCCACUAUCCAUUGUGGAUGAUUACGUCAAACAAUCGGAGCUGCAACGCCAGGCGUCUAUAGCCAGCAAACGACCCACCAGAGAGGCGGUCAACAGGUGGGAUUCUUUUAGAAAGAGAUACGUUCCUUCCCGUGGUGUUGAUGGCAUGGCUCAAUACUUUCCUUUGAGAGUUAAGAUCAGAGAUGUCCAUUUGAUUUGGAAUUUGCACGACGGCUACGACUGGCAGAGGACAAGAGAAGCAAUCAAUCAGGCUGUAAGGGACCUCGAAAACAGAGCUUUGGAGCGGAAGAAUCGCCAGGUGUCUUUCGAUACUAGUGACGACGACGGGAGCGAAAUUGGAGACUUCCUCUUCAAUUCCAUAUACAUCGGAGUGCCGAACAACAAGGGUCCGGGCGAUCUUGCAAGCGCAAUAAGUAAAAACUUUGAUGAUCACAUGAGCGAGACCUCUAUGGGCACCAGUAUCCCCGAGUCGCGGCCCUCCAGUCACUCCAGAAACACGGAAUUCGGCGGCAGUCAUAGAGGCUCGGGGAGGCAUCUCCGGUUCGGCCGGUCAAGAAGUCACAAGAUGCAGAUCGAGCUGAAGGGUCUGUGUGUGGAUUUCCUCCUUUUCCCGCCGGAUAUGGACGAGACGCAAAGCAGCAUAGAUUUGCGAGUCCGGGACUUUGAAAUCUUCGAUAAUGUUCCGACAAGUACCUGGAGGAAGUUUGUCACCUACAUGCAGGAUGCGGGCGUGAGAGAGACUGGGAGCAACAUGGUUCAUGUAGAAAUUAUGAAUGUCAGACCAGUGCCCGGGUUGGCAGCGAGCGAGAUUGUCCUGAGGGUGUGUACCAUAUCUAUCCUUCUGUUCCCGAAACACCUGCUGAUUUGCUAUCAGGCCACUAUCUUACCUCUAAGGCUACAUGUUGAUCAAGAUACUUUGGAUUUCAUGACAAGGUUCUUUGAGUUCAAGGAUGACAGCAUCGCCCCACCAGCCAGUCCGGCCGAAAUUCCCUUCUUGCAGCGAGUGGAGGUGAACUCUAUCCGCGUUAAGCUCGACUAUAAGCCCAAGAAGGUCGAUUACACCGGCCUUCGCUCUGGUCGCACGACUGAAUUUAUGAACUUUUUCAUCCUCGAAGAGGCGGACAUGGUACUGCGUCAUGUCGUCCUUUUCGGCAUAUCCGGUUUCCCCAGAAUGGGCGAGGAGUUGAAUGCUACCUGGAUGCCGGAUAUCAGGUCCCACCAAUUGGGGGAUGUCCUCGCCGGUGUUGCCCCCGUGAGGAGCCUUGUGAACCUAGGGAGCGGCAUGAAAGAUCUAGUCGUUGUCCCGAUGCGUGAGUACCAAAAGGACGGCAGGAUCGUGAGAUCGCUUCAGAAGGGCGCGUGGAAAUUCGCAAAGACAACCACCUCUGAGCUUGUUCGUCUUGGCGCUAAAGUCGCGGUUGGAACUCAAAACAUGUUGCAGAAUGCUGAAGGGCUUUUCGUUCCCACUAUUCUGGAAGAUGGAACCGAGGGCAUUGAGUACCUGAUCAGUGAUAGCGAAGAGGAAGGUGAUAUCGGGCCAAGUGAACAUGGACAGAAAAAAGCUAUUAGCCUUUACGCCGACCAGCCGCUCACUCUUGCCCAGGGACUUCGAGGUGCCGGCGACAGUCUUAGGAGGAACUUUGGAAAUGCGAGGGAUGCCAUCAUGGCGGUGCCGGUCGAUAUCGCGGAACAAGGGAGUGCUCAGGUGGGUCUUUCACCCCCAAUGACUUGUCCAUUACACGUGUUAACACCUCAUAGGGAGCGGCAAAGGCAGUAGCGAGAGCAGCGCCAGUGGCCAUAAUCCGACCCAUGAUAGGCGCUACGGAGGCGGUGAGCAGAACAUUAUUGGGAGUUACGAACGCGCUAGACCCGGAUCAGAAGAGACGGGUCGAUGACAAAUAUAAGAAACACUAGGUGUAGAAGGAUUGUUUGAUUGGGAAUGCGGAGUUUUUUCCUUCUAUUUUUCUUUUUCCUCUUACCUCCUCUAUUUUUCCCUUUACCCCUCUCAACCCGCGCAUUGAUCCUACUCUUUUCUUCUCUUCGGAUGAGGUGUUUUGAUGGUAUGGGUAUACAGUUUUCAGCUUUUUUCAUGAGGGAUGCCAUGGCGUUUUCCUACGGUAUUCUUCCCGAUGCAUCGUGGUGUUUACACGUGCUUCUUGUAGAUAUGAUGUAUAACAACGUGAGAGUUUGACGGCAGAGGGGAGGCCGGCGGCGUGACGAGAUGGGGCGAGUGAGGCGAGGUGACGCGGGUAUAGACUGUACAGUACAGGGUGACUUGGACUACUCUAUUUGUAUAGCGGUCGGUGUAGCGAGGCCGGGAUUUAUUUUCUUACCAAAUUGAAGCAUAGCUACCGCACGUGUAUAAUUACACCACCUUAUAUCUU